AUGGCUGAUGAACAAUCUGAGGAUAAUAAAUGGUUUCUGUUACAGUCCGAAUCCGGUCUUAUCCAAAUGUAUGCAACUUGUAUUCUAAUGCCUCGAGUUUAUAAACGUGCAAUUUGCCCAUCUUCGUAUUAUUCUUCUAAUGGACGAUGUUAUAGAUACUUCUCUACUAAACGUUCCUGGGGAGAUGCAAGAGCUCAAUGCAGGUCAAUGUACAGUGGAGACUUGCUUAGUGUCACAUCUUCUCUGAAAUAUAAUGUAUGGUAUCACACUGAACAGACUGAAGACGGAGAGUUGUUGGUUGGGGCAAAUAGCGGAUACACAUGGUUGGACGGAACAGGAAUACCAUGGAGCUGGUAUUUAGAGGGUGAACCGAAUUCUGACAAUGAAAAUUGUGUAGAGGUAGGUUAA